AUCAGAACAAACUCAUCUCACAACAUGUAAUCAUAAUCGUAAUGUAGAUAGAUGAAUCAGAUAAAUUAAAUGAAUUUUCUCCAGCCUUUCAAUUAUUGCAUGUAUCCAUAUAGGCCCCCUUAUUAUUAUAAUUUGUAUGCGGAUAACAUUCAUGAAUAGAAUUCAUCGACUGCAACAUACAAGUCAGAAGUGAUAUCAUGGUAUCUAUUUUGUUGAUUAAUUUUUACAGGCUCUCUACACUGGAAUAAUCUGAAUUGUAUAAGCUAUUUCAGAUCAAAGGAUAAAUAAAAACCUUUCCAAUAAUGAAAAUGUACAUCUAUGACAAACUAAAUAACCCUUCAAAUUAUGCAUUACUUCAACAGUUAAUAUUAAAACUAUAAUUAGAGCAACAAUUAAUUUGGAGUCUAAAAUUGAUGAUUAGUUCAUGAUGAAGUUUAAAGCACUCCAUCCAAGAGCAGAAGUACUUAAUAAGCAUAAUUAAUAAAGGAAUUGUAUUCGAAAUUGAAUAUCGUUGACGAUGAAAAUUUUAUGGAUACUAUUUUCGUUGCUGAACCACAUUUGGAAAAUUUAAACUCAUUUUUAGAUUUAUUGCAGGACCUUUCUGAUAAAUAUUUUCUAUCCACCCCCCCAAAAACCUCAUUAGAAAAAGCAGAAGACCCCAUUUGGUUUCAUCAGAACAGUUUUCAUAGCUGCGCAGUCUGGAUCAUCAAAGAAUUUGAAAAAAAUAUUUCCUUCCAUUACAAUGUUCACAGAGAGAAAAAGAAAAAGCAGAGACUCUUUAGACAACCUAUCUAUAAAAGUACCUAAAGCGAACUAAAGGAAUUCUUUUUAUAAAAUCUAGCCAACAAUAAGGAAAGAGUAAUAUAAAAUUAAUUACUUUUAGUUAACCUUCUAUUUCUAGGAAAUAUAUUCAGAAAUCAAAUAGCAACCUGAUCGUUUGGAAAAUAGAUUUUACGAAAACAUAUUCUCAGGCACAGCAAUCAAAUUAUUGAAAUCGUAAGUUGAAUUACUGUUGAAUUUUUAACUAAAAUGUCAUACAGAUACAAAUAUCAUCAAUGCAAUGCUGAUUACAUCUAUGAAUGAAUUAGUCGAUUAGAAAACCUACAUUUUAAAGAAGUUUUACAAAAUAGUCUAACAAUUAUUUUAAGAACAUUUAGAAUAAGAACUAUUUAAAACUGAAAAUUUAGAUAAAAAACAAAAAAAAGAUAAAAAAAAGAAGAAAAAGAAAUACUAAAAAAUGUAAACAUUCAAAGGACUAGAUCCAAUUGAAUUAGAUAAAAGAUUGUCAAGCAAAAAUCUUUAAGAUUCUAAUAUAUUAAGGUUUUAAAGAUCCUAUUCACAAAGCAACCUAACUUAUACCUAUGUUACACCUCCAAACACUCCAUCAGCUUAGGAAAUUAGCGAUGAUUUAAAGUACUCAUUAUCCUUAUUUUAGUGAAUCCAACAAGUCUUCAAACUCAUAGUAAUAAUCCUAUAAAGUUUAAUGUGUCAACAAUUUAAAGUCUAAUCUAAUAUAAACUGAAUAAUAAUCCAUCUCUUAAUAAUUUAUCACAGAUUCCGAUAUUCCAGUACAUGAUGACUAUGUUGAUGUUGGUCAAACAAUUACAAUAAAUAUUCUAGAAAUUGCAAAUAUAUCCCUAAAUGAUGAAAAUUCAUUUAAGGAAUAGUUUAUGAAAGAGUAAAAAAGAAUGAAAAAAAAGUAGAAGGGAUUUUAAAAAUCAAUACCAGAAAGCAGAGAUGAACAAUUAUAAUUAUAAUCGCCUUAAUCCGAAAUCACCAGAUUUUCAAUUGAAACCCAAGCAUAAACAAUUAAAAGUCAUUGUUCUAACAGAACUUCUUCUACAUCAGAGGAAGAAGAAAUCAAAUAGAAAUAAAAUUAAAUGAAAAAUUCAAUUAAAAUUAAGAAAAAUAAUAAUGAAAAAUAACAAAAAUUUACUAAAUUGAUAAAUUCAUUCAAAAGGAAUAAAUUUGAGGACUAAUAAUGUCAAUAGGAUAUCAAUUCAAUUUCUAAUGGAAGCGAAUAGAUAUCUCAAAACACUUUAGAGGAUGAAAUCACUCCUACAAUUUAGAAGAAAAAUUAGCAAUUCGACAAAAAAAAGAAUCUAAGCAUAUAGCCAUAAAGUUCAGAAAAAAGCUUGAAAGAGUAAUUAGAAAAUGUUUAAUAAAAGGGAAAAUAAAAAUUGAUUGAAUAAAUCAAUUUAGACAUUCUUGAUUUCACAGAUAAUAUUAUGAGUGAAUACGAGGACAUGCUCCCAUUUAGAUUUUUGGCUUUUGACAGAGUUAAAUCAGUAAUUUAGAAAGUUUUCUUAGGUAUUCCUGAUGGAAUGAUUAUGUAUAUAUAGUUCUUAACAUUAGGCUCUUCGGCUCUUGUGCUACAGGAUUAGCUUUAAUAGAUUCGGAUAUCGAUAUUGGGAUCAAUGGAUUAGAAGUCUAUAAUAGGAAUAUGUUAAAAAGUCAUUUUGAUAACCUAUUUUUUGAGUUUACCAGAAAAAAGUGGGUGGUCAAAGCAAAGUAUAUAUAUAUUCAAUUGAAUUUAGUCCAAUAUUUAAUUCAGCUGUUCCAAUAAUUAAAUUAGAAAUAGAUCCAUAAAUUAACAUAUUUGAAUAUGAAGGAAGGAACUUAGAUGAGUAACAAAUUCAAUUGUGGAAAAAGCUUAAAUAGAAAUUAAAGAGUGGGAUAAAGGUCGACAUUUCUUUUAAUUUUAAUGGGAACGGCAUUUACUCUACUCAUAUUGGUUCAAUAACUACAGAUUUAGUUAAAAAAUGGAUGGAAGAAUAUCCAUCUUUAUAAUAGAUUGUACUCAUUUUAAAAUCUAUGGUUAAAAAACUUAAGCUCUCAGAAUCAUAUACAGGUAAUAAUCUCAUUUUAUUAUUUAUUAGGGGGGCUAUCCUCCUACUCAUUAAUAAUCAUGGUUUACUCUUACAUGAGAGAAUAAAGAAUCACUUCUAAUUUAAUCAGUGAACAAUUUAUUGACUUGCUUAAUUUUUACAUUAAUUGCUUCGAUCCCUCUUCUACUGGAAUAGGUCUUUUGGCAUAUAUUAAUGAUCCCAAUUCUAGGUAUGUGAUUAUUACUAUUUAGUUAUUUUUUUAAUUUAUAAGACUAUUGCUUGCCUGCUUUGCCGAUUACGAUCUUUAAUCCAUACAAUAGAAAAUUACUUACUCAUUCAUGUGUCCAAAUUAACAAGAUAUUUGAUUUCUUUAAAGUAAUUUUGAAGGAAUUAGAUGCAAAAGAAGAUUUUUAUUGUAACUAUGUAGUGUUAGGAAAGAAGAAACAAUAAAAAUUAAAUAAAUCGUUAGAGAAUUUUAUUGUUAGCAUUUUAGAAUAAAUAAAAUGA